CACCUAGCGACAACCAUAAAGAAACAAGUAGAGAAAGUGCAACAUUUUGUAAAUAUGGCAACAGCCCAGCUAUUACAAGAACGAAAUCAUCUUUAUCGCCUCCAAAUUCUAAUUAUAGAUGGAGGCACUACAGUCACAAGGAACAUAAUUCAUCAGAAGAGCUCCGAUGUUCCGUUUAAUGUGAUUCUUAGCCUUGAAAAAAACGCAGUAAACAAACUGAGAGCCAGGAAAGUAAUAACGAAUGCACAGUAUAAUUUGCUGUAUCCACAAGAGGGUAAUCCUUCUUCUAUCACUGACAUCGACCUACCUCUUGCGAUAUGCCUGCUGAGAAACCUAAAAAGUUUCGGGCUAAACACUCAAUAUAACUGGAGAGUAACACCACAGCAAACUGACGAUUCCCUUGAGGCAGAUUUAUGUCGUCUAAGACAUAUACGAAAUGAGAUAACGCAUAGAGGGUAUACUACAGGGAUAGACAAGAAAAAAUUCCAGUAUAAGUGGAAUGAGGUCGAACAGGUUCUUCUCAGACUUAAUACCUCUGUUCCAAAUCCAAUGCCAAAUCUUCAACAAGAGCUUAAUGCCUAUAAAAACAGCCCUCUUGAUCCAGAGGCAGAGGAAAAAAUAAAAGAAGAAAUAAAGAAAAACUGGAUACAUUUGGAACUGCAGAUUAUGUUUGAAAAUGUUAAGGGAAAGGUUAAAGUCAUCGAGGAAAAUGUUGAUGGUGUUAAGGGGAAAGUUAAAGAAGUAACGGCAAAUGUUGAAGAAGUGAACGAAAAUGUUGAAAAAGUUAAGGGACAUGUUGAAGAAGUUAGGGGUAAUGUUGAAGAAGUCAAAGAAAAUGUUGAAGAAGUGAAGGAAAAGGUUGAAAAAGUUAAGGGACAUGUUGAAGAAGUUAGGGGUAAUGUUGAAGAAGUCAAAGAAAAUGUUGAAGAAGUGAAGGAAAAGGUUGAAAAAGUUAAGGGACAUGUUGAAGAAGUUAGGGGUAAUGUUGAAGAAGUCAAAGAAAAUGUUAAAGAAGUUAAGAAAAGUAUUGCAGCUGCACAUAAAAGGAUUGAUGAGGAAUUGAAAUUGCGAGAGAACACAGAAGCAUCAAAGAAGUACGAAAUGCCUACAAUUGAUCGUCCACAUGACGGAAGACUGAUAACGUUAAGUAGAGAUGUAUUAAACGGACUUCUAUAUAACUGUGGUGCUCCUCGGAAAGGAGGAUUCGGUGAAGUAUAUGUUUCAAAGACGAAAGUUCCUGGAUUAGAUUUCCGUGUAGCAAUAAAGAAGGUGGACUAUCAGGAAGAGCAAAAAGAUCAUUUGGAGAAACUGCGAUCAGCAUCUAAUGUAAGUUCAUCGAAGAACUUUU